GUGAAGCCAACCUGAUGGCCAGAAAAGAUGAAAAGCAUUACAAGGUAUUUAAUGAUAGCAUCCAUGGACACAUUGAAGUUCACCCACUGUGUGUAGAGAUUAUUGAUACUCCACAGUUCCAACGCCUUAGAGAUAUUAAGCAACUAGGAGGUUGUUACCGUGUAUUCCCUGGAGCAUCACAUAACAGAUUUGAACAUUGUAUUGGAACUUGUUACUUGGCUGGAAGACUUGUGAAGAGUUUGCGCAAUAGACAACCAGAACUGGGAAUCACAGAUGAGGACAUGCUCUGUGUUAGGAUUGCUGGGCUCUGUCAUGAUCUGGGUCAUGGGCCAUUUUCACAUACAUUUGAUGCAUUAUUUAUACCAGCUGCCAGGCCUGAUGCACACUGGAAGCAUGAAGAUGCUUCGGUUGGAAUGUUUGAUUACAUGAUGAUGGUAAACAACUUGUUUCCAAGUUUUGCAAAGUAUAAAUUGACUGAAAGAGAUGUAACCUUCAUUAAAGAACUAAUUGCUGGACCAGUGUUGGAGUCAACUGCUUGCACCUCUGAGGCCUGGCCCUAUAAAGGAAGAGGACCAGAGAAAAGCUACCUAUAUGAGAUUGUUGCUAACAAGCGAACAGGCAUUGAUGUGGACAAGUUCGACUAUUUUUCUCGAGACUGUCAUUGUCUAGGAAUCAGCAACAGUUUUGAUCAUAAGCGUUACAUGAAGUUUGCAAGAGUGAUCGAAGUCAACGGCAAACUGCAAAUUUGUGUCCGCGAUAAAGAAGUUGGCAAUGUCUAUGAUAUGUUUCACACCAGAAACAGUCUGUUUCGAAGGGCUUACCAACAUAAGACGUCAAAUAUUAUUGAAAGAAUGAUUACAGAGGCACUUCUCAAGGCCGAUAAGAAGGUACUUUACAAAGGAUCAAAAGGGAAGAUGUUUUCAAUAUCUGAAUGUAUUGAUGACAUGGAAGCGUAUUCACAGCUUAAUGAUCACGUGUAUUACCAGAUCCUUAGCUCGACCGAUCCUGCGCUGGAAGAGGAGGAGAUUAGAGAAAUACAACUUCGUAUAGCCGGUUGUAUCGAGGAUGGCCCUAAACUCGACCCAGAAGACUUUAUAAUUGACAUGGUCACUUUUGAUUAUGGAAUGAAAGACAGAAAUCCAAUCGAUGAGGUGCGGUUUUACGGCAAGAGCAACCCCGAUAAACCUCUGUCUUUUAGAAAGGAAGAGGUUAGCAACAUGCUUCCUGAGAUGUUUGCAGAGCAGCAUAUCCGAGUAUAUUUUCGCAAGAAUGACCCUGAACUCCUAGUGAAGGCAAACCGAUGCUUCCUCCGUUGGUGUGGUAGGCAGAAGUGUACCACGCCAAAGGGAGGAGAUACUCUGGCGGAAUUGACUCCUAUGAAGUCCUCGCAGGAGGGUGCCUUGUGGCUGCUCUUUUUGUAG